CACUCAUUAACCUCCACGCCUCCUCCGACAAGAGCUGGAGACUUUGGAGUGUCUUUGAGAGUCAGUCUGACGGCAGGACUCAGGAUUAAUGAAGACGAAGAUCCAGAGGAACCUGAGGAACAGGAAUCAGCAGGAGCUGUGGCUGUUUGUGUUUUGGCUGACGGAUGUGAGCGCUUCAGCUCUGGUUUAGCAUCAGCAUGAAGUACUUGGCUCACACCGCCCACUGGCAGUUCCUUGGCCUCAUGUCCGGGGUGCUGGCUUGGAUCCUCAUCGUCGCCACCACUGGCCUCAACGAUUGGCGUCUGUGGUUCGUGUCCGACAUGUCAGUGGUCAGCUCAGGCGUGGCCUGGGUGGGCAUCUGGAGGGCCUGUUUCUACAGCCACGCCCUCCCUGCCAUCGAGAACUGUCGGAGCAUUGGCCUCUCAGACAGCUUCGCCCCCGCAGAGAUCCCUGCCGCCCAGGUGCUGAUGGUUUUGGCGCUGUUUUGCGGUCUGCUGGGAAACAUUAGCGCGGCGGCAGCCAUGAGGAUGGUGUACUUCUCUAUGAAGGAUCGCAGGAACAUUCGGACACUCUUCAGGCUGGCGGGGGGACUCUACCUGCUGACCGGGUCAUGCAGCUCGGUGCCGCUGCUGUGGAACAUGAACUCGGUUCUGACCAACAGAACCAUCCACUUCCCUCCGGACUUUCACCUUCCUGCAUCACCGGCCCACCAGCAUGUUGGCCCAGCCAUCAUCGUGGGCGUCUUUGCCUCCGUCCUGACACUUGUCAGCGGGCUGCUGUUCCUCUGCUACCGAUAUGCAUGGGAGGCCCUCGGCUCAGAUGCCCCCGAAGACCUCGGGGAGCCAGAAACAAGACUGGAGCAGAAGUCUGGAUUACCGAAAGGAGACCAGCAGGGCGGAGAUAAUCCAGCAUUUCACAGAGAAGACCACCCAUGAGGGGAAACAUCUCAUCAAAAACAUUUCACUAACUCAAAGCCAUGGAUCUUCCUCUUCUCCAUCAGGGCAAAAGAGUCCUAGACAGGAGAAACGUUUUUAUAUCACAGCGCUGUUGAAUCACUCUUAUUGACCUGAAGAACCACAGAAAAUAAUUAAGGAAAUCCUCUAAAAUGUAAUUGGUGUCGAUGGUAAACCUCUGUGAAACCCUCCAGACGGGACAGACAGAUCAAAGCAGGGUUUCUAUUGCACGUUCAUUCUGGUGAUGCAUCACCACACUACAGCUGUGAUUCAAAAAUAAAGACAGAUUCAA